AUGCAGGACUUCAUUGCGUCCCAAGUCAUCACGGCAUACAGGCCUGAUCACGAUCCCAAGCUGGAUGCGUUCUCGAUGGACGUGAGUGCAGGAAACUCUGGUAAAGCGACCUCAACCGCCAAGACUGCUGAGACUGUAAAAUGGCUGUAA